CGUAAUGGAAAUUCAUUGCUGUAGCUAUGGUAAAUCGAGUUUUCUGCCUGUGCUGAAUGCAUUAGUCUAAUGAGAUGUUUGCAGCCGGAGAGCAGGGCUGCUGGAGACUAACUGUGAGCUGCUAACACACGGGUGGAAGAUUAGCUUUUGCAAUACUCGGUUUGCAUGUACCGAAAGUCUUCUGUCUUCUGAGUCAACAUUCCUGGCCUGGUAAAGAACCCGAUCAGGGCUCUGGUGAACAAGCCGUAGCACCUCUUCUGCCUGUGAGCGAUUUGUUACUUCCUUCUGUAAGACUGGCACCAGCAGACAUGCAGUCUCAGAGGAUCCCCGGGAGAAAGCGAGGCCGACCCCCACUUCACUCAACACCUAUGAAGAUGGCAGUUCAUAACCUUUAUUCUGCUUCAGCUGGUUGUUUACCAGCCGUGAAGAUCCCAAAGAAAAGAGGGCGGAAACCCGGGUACAAGCUCAAGUCUCGGGUUCUCAUGACUCCUUUAGCCCUCUCACCUCCGAGGAGUACACCGGAGCCCGACCUCAGUUCCAUCCCUCAGGAUGCAGCCACCAUACCCAGCUUGGCAGCCCCACAGGCUCUCACAGUCUGCCUCUACAUCAACAAGCAAGCAGACGCAGGGCCCUACCUGGAGAGGAGGAAAGUGCAGCAGCUCCCUGAGCACUUCGGGCCUGAAAGGCCGUCGGCGGUCCUGCAGCAGGCCGUGCAGGCGUGCAUUGACUGCGCCUACCAGCAGAAGCUGGUCUUCUCUCUGGUCAAGCAGGGCUAUGGUGGCGAGAUGGUGUCAGUUUCAGCGUCCUUCGAUGGGAAACAGCACCUGCGGAGUCUGCCUGUGGUGAACAGCAUUGGCUAUGUCCUCCGCUUCCUCGCCAAGCUGUGCCGAAGCCUCCUGUGUGAUGACCUCUUCAGCCACCAGCCCUUCCCCAGGGGCUCCUGUGCCUCCGAGGAAGCCCAGAAGAACCAGGAAGGCAGGAUGGAGUCAGCCAAAACAGUCACCUCUGAGGAGUGUCUGGUGAGCCCUGUGGGCAUGAAUCGCUACAGCGUGGACCCCUCCGCCUCCGCCUUUAGCCACAGGGCCUCCUUGCCUACCACCACCUCACUGUACUGCAAGAGGCAGAACUCUGGAGACAGCCACCUUGGGGGAGGCCCAGCCACCAUCGCCAGUGGUCCCCGCACCAGCCCCAUGUCCUCUGGAGGCCCCUCGGCACCUGGGCUGAGGCCCCCAGGCUCCAGCCCCAAGAGAAACGGGACCUCUCUUGAAGGAAACAGAUGUGCCUCAAGCCCUUCUCUAGAUGGGCAGGAUGCCAGGCGGCCAAGGAGCAGGAACCCUUCCACCUGGACCGUAGAGGAUGUGGUCUGGUUUGUGAAAGACGCCGACCCACAGGCUCUGGGGCCUCACGUUGAGCUCUUCAGAAAGCAUGAGAUUGAUGGCAAUGCUCUCUUGUUGCUGAAGAGUGACAUGAUCAUGAAAUACUUGGGCCUGAAGCUGGGACCUGCACUGAAACUCUGCUACCAUAUUGACAAACUGAAGCAGGCCAAGUUCUAAAGGCUUUUAAAAGAUAGAAGCAAAAUCCGGACAGCAGAUCUCAAGAUCAUCUUCUGCCUUAUCAACAUCCAUCCACCAUCACAUAAUAGAUUCUCAUCUUAAAAACAACAGCCACAAAGACUUGGUCUUUUUAUAAAACUCGUGCAUCUUUGCCUUUUAAAAAAAAUUCAACAUGGCCCCUUUGAAUGGCUCCUUUGUGUUCAUGAUUUGCCAAAAAAUAACAACAACAACAAAAAGCCAAUUAUUUUAAACAUUCCUAAUAGAUUGGUUGCCCUUAGAGUGAGUCCUAUUUUUACAAUGAGAGAGUGGGGAACUGAAUGCUAUCGCCCAAGAAGAACCCUGGAAGGUUCCAUGGAUGUAAGAAGAAGGACCUUUGUCUCAGCAGGCCUUGUGGGGAUGCGCACCAUAGCACCACCUGUCUUUGACUCUGACCCGGGGACCUAUCAUUGUGAGCCUUGCUUGAUUCAGCUCUGGAAGCUGUCUUUUGAGGAUGAUUGCCUCACCUUGCACUAUCCGGAAAACUUGAAUUCUUUUGCUCUCUGAAAGAGAAGAAAAACUGUGUUGCUCCACUAGAGGGCAGACUGCUAAUGAAAUUUCAGGAUCCUCACUGCAGUGGCCUGAUAAUUCGGUACUCAGUGCAUGGGUUAGGGUUUCUGUGAACAAGAUCUAGCCUACACAGACAUAAGGAAUUUAUUCCACAGUCAACACCGCAGAUUGCAACUUGGGAAGACCUAAUUACCUCCCAAAGGUAAAUGGGAAGAAACCAUCUUCUAGGAGUUCUAGUUCGUAUCCAAUCAUUAUUACUGACUGAGAUACACAAGCAGCAAAAGCAAGAAUUUGGAAAUACAUUCUUCCCAGAUGGGGCUUUGGAGUUCCUUCACUUCCAGAAUCCUUGCUGAGGUGUCAAUGUGUUGGCAUGCUGAAGAGUUUUUGUGACAUUUAGCCAUGAGUGUUUCUUUGAAAAAAGAAGAAGAAUGUCUCAGCAAAGCUUUGAAAUGGGAGUGUUGAUUUCUAGUUACAUUGCUGGAUUAUGUAGUUGUAUCUGUGGCUAAUUUUUCUAGUCUCAACAAACACACCGACAUGCUAUUAUUGGGUUUAAUUUAAUUUACAAAUAGGUUUUCCUUCCUCACCGUGGAGUAAUAGAAAAAAAAUUGAUUUUCUGCCCCUUUGCACCUGUGUCCAGGGAAGGACGAUGCAUCCACAAUUUACCAGGCAGAAGGGUAACCUCGUCUCCAUUCUCCUUUGAUCCCUCUACUUUCUCUCCUUUUUUCUUCCUCCCUCACUGAACAGAAAACAUAUCUUCAAAAUGAAUUCACCUUUGCCAUGGGCAUAUCCUCUUUCUUCAAAAAAAACAUCCAUAGUGUUAGAGGUGAGGAGAUGAAUACUAGACUUUGGGAUCUCUGGGAGGAUGGGGAUCAAAAAAAGAAUCUCAGGGCCUCCCUUGGCCCAAAUACAAGUUAGAAAAGGCACACCUACCUCCAGGAUGCAGCCUGAGCAGGGGUCUUGGCUGGAGAGUGGAGCAGGGUGGGAUUUCAGCCCCCUCACCUUUCAACCAGGUGCCCUUGUGCAGGACAUGACCUGUACAAACUUGAGGGCAGCCCUGGGUAGAUUUGCAUAUUGAGCCUGUAUAUAGCAGUUAGAACUUAAAUGAAGAUCAUAAGAAAGCUUCCAUGCCAUGCAGUCAGACCCACUCUGAUGAGAGGUAUUUGAGAAAGCACAUCAUAGCAAAAUCGUUUUUAGACACACAAAUGGUGGCUGGACUUAAAGCGUGACAGAAAAGGGAAGAAGGAAAACUUUCUAAACCUGCCCACUGAAUUGAGAUUGAGUUAUCAGGUUGUGAGAGAGAGCUUGAUGUCUGUUGGUUUCAGAGCCCGACAAAGCUACCUUUGAAUCAGGCCUUGGGGCAGAAACCUUCAAGAUUUUGAAGUGAUAAAUUGUCCCUCAAAGUUUGUUAACCAUUAAGUGCUCAGACUGGUCUGGAGUUCGCUGCCCUCCCUCAAAGAGCCAUUGAUAGUUUCUGUAUUCAGAACUGCCAGUGUGAAAACAAUGAGAUCCAGAAACCCCACAACAACCCGUGUUUUUCAGCCAAUAUUCCUGCUCAACCCUCACACUUGUGAUGCCUCUUUCAUCAACAUAUACCUCAUUUAGAGACUCAAAAUUUCCUAUCCACCCUCACUAGCGCCUCCCUCAUUACAAAAACUUGAACAUUGGUGUCCCCAAAUUAAAGUCACCCCAGACAAUGUCAAAGAGAUGCUUUGAGUAAUUUUCAGGGGAAAGAUUUUCCUAUCUCGAGUCGAGGAGAAAACUGGAUCCAUGUUCACGUGUAACUGCUCCCACGGAGUUGAUAUCUCAUUUUGCAUUAAACUUUAAGCAGGACAGAUUGUUGAAGCUGUGAUAUUUAAGGUUCGACUUUUUAAAAAAAAUCUCAUUACUCUUAAAGUGAAUGCUGCCAUAUCAGAUAAUAACCCGGGAAAGAAAUUCUUCCUUGCCUGUUUUUGCACUGGAAUGCAAUUAGCCAACCAAAUUAUUGUAGCAGUACUGCAAUUAUAAUUAAUUUUCACCCUUUCAAAAAUCUUGUCAAAUCAGGCGGCUAAAUAGCUUAGCAAAUGUAAAACAUGCCAGGCCAUUUUCUCUAAACGGGCUUUAAAGAGUCAGGCCAUGUGUGUCACUCUCCUCAGAAUGUGAACUUAGUUGGGGGCCUCACACUUCUACAGAUAGGUACUUGUCAUUCCAUUGCAGUGGCUUUGCUUCAGGUUGUGGCGAAUAAUGCUAUAGUUUUGCAUAAUUCCAAAUUAGAGAGAGAGAGAGAGAGAGAGAGAGAGAGAGAGAGAGAGAGAGAGAGAGAGAGUGUGUGUGUGUGUGUGUGUGUGUAUCCUGACACUAUGGUUGGGAGAGCCCUUAGGAAGUGGCUGGGAGUGUGUCAGCUAUUACAUGUGCUUGGUUUACUAUGCCUCCACAACUUUGUAUCACGGAGGCAGAACCUGUUCUAGGAUGUUACUGCUAGGUAUCCCCUCUAGUGCCAGCAGGGAGCGUCCUGAAGGCAGCUGGGGACGAUUCUGGGGUUCUGGGCCUGCCCCACUCAGACAAUGACUGGAUGCACCAAGCAGAGGCUCCCUGUGGCUGAGGAGAGAGGCCAAGCCAGGGAGCCCCGCGGGCCAGCAGCAGCCAUCUUGAGCACCUUGGUUUUUGCCCUCCAGAGCGGACCCUGGGCUCCCGUCAUUUCCUGCUGCCAAGUUUUUUCCCUUUCGGUAGGAAAAAGGAGUGAAGAGCUCCUCAGAACCAAAUAUAUUAAAAUUAAAAUACAUUGGGAAGGAACACUGAGCUAAGGUUCUCUUGCUUGAGAAGAAAACCAGUGAGAGAGGGAAGACAAAACCAUACAUUUCUUAUGAAAACAAUAAAAGAGUGCCUCUUCUAACAGUCCCAACCCUUUAAGCUGCACUAUCCUAUUUUUGUAUUUAUGUCCUGUAUGGACUAUUUCUUACUUUGUAGAAAUUAAAACUAUUUUUUAAAUUAUUUUUUGAGACUGUUAUAGAAGAAUUUUGUCAUAUCUCUGGAGAUAGUUGGAAAUGCCCAAAGGUGACUAGGGACUUGAAUUUAGUCAUUGUCAAAAGACCUAUAAAGAUGGAAAUAUUCUGGUGUUUUUUUCUAAAGAAAUAGCCAGGUUUUUAUAUGUGUGAGCAGGAGAUGAGUGUUGUCUGAUGUUUGCUCCGAUGGGACACUUUUUCAACUCUUCUCCAAUGGGGUUAGACAAUGAAAUUUGACUCACUUUUUUUUUUUUUAAUCUCAGAUAACAACACAUGAGAUUGUGAAGGAGUAGAUAAUUUUUUUAAAAACUGCAAUAUUUUGUUAAGAAGAAGGGUGAAAAACCUGUCUGUGGGUAUGAUUUAUUUUUUGUCAUAAACACACUCUAAGAACUGAGCAGAGUUGCCCAGCUCUGCUGUUGUCUCGCCAUGCGUCAUAUUCCUUGUGGCAUGAGAAGACCAUGCUGAGAACCCCAGAGGUGAAUCCAGCAGAUGGUCAGAUGUCUAGAGGCACAAACAUCACCGUUUCCAUCUUGUGAUGUCACGCCAGCAGCAACACCCCUCUCCACUCACCCACCACCUGAGCUUCCGGCCUGCCUCCUGGCUGUUCCUCCAAGCGAUGAGCACCUGGAGCCCCAAGCUUCCAGGGCGUCCCUCCCCCCAACAGUUAUUCUAAUUGAAGAUGAUUCCUUCACAGACAAUUGGAAGCUGGAUUUUUAAAAAUCUAGCAUUUACUUGAAAGAGAAUCGCUCUUAUUUAUUGCCACCAGUUAAAUAUUACGGAAACAUGUCUGCUAACAAUUUGCUUUGUGUAAUUUGUUCUAAUGCUAAUAGGCAACAGCUGGGACACUUCCUGUGGUAAAUUCCUUUGUGGUUACAGUGGUAUGAUCACACAUGGACUUCACCAAAAUGUACUUGAGAAGAAAGCUCAGGCCGGCUCUCUCAGGCUUCAGAAAAUUCCCCUAACUGAGAAGCAGUUCCGGGCAAAAGUACAUUUUUAGAGGAGGAUUUGCUUUUCUUCACUCUCUGCUUUCCCAAGCAGGGCCCCAGAUCUGUGCUCUUAAAAUCCUACAGAAAGAAACUGGGGGUUCUCCUUGCGCUUAGCAUGGAGUUUGAUGCCCCCCAGAGGAAAAGAGCAUGCUGAGCUUAAGAAUGACACCUUCCUCCAGGUCAGCGUGCGAUACCGAAUCCAUAUUGAGAGGAUGGGGCAUGAGAGAAGUGGAGACACAUCCAAGAGCCAAGAGCUGGCUCAACUGCUGAUUAAAUAAUGAUGUGAAAGAGUGUGGGGAUGUCCAAAGGGUCUAAAUAUAUCACUCAGACUUGCUCGAGGCUGCCAGCCCACCAUGCUCUGCUCUGCAGCCCAACCACAUGACCCGAGCCUUAGAGUUGGUUCCAUGCACUAGAUGCUUGUUAUAAAAACCAACACAAAUGUCUUCCAUUGGAGCCUAUUUUGGAACACACUCAAAGCCUUGCUUCUCCAAACAGCUCACUGGGUAUCAUUUUACAGUAAGCAUGUGUGACUGGAGGCUACCUCCAUCAUCAGUGUAGCAUCCUCAAGUCUCAGGAAGGUUCUACCUCCCUAUCCAGUGCUGAAAGCCUUCCCCACAGCUCUGAGAAAUGGCUCUGCCUGACCACUUCCCAUGAGGAGGAGUUCACUCCCAUAGGAAGUGGCUUAUUUCUUUGUUGGAUAGCUCUGGUUGUGAAAAAGUUAUUUCUCAGUGAGACACAGAUGUCUGUGAAUCAGACACAGACGUUUGAGAUGAAGCCAACUCUGCAAUCUUUCUCUUUUUAACAGAGCUUGUCCAGGCAGUAACCACACCUACAAUACAAACUGACAUUGGCAAGUAGAUCCCAGCUCCACUGCAUUAGGAUAGAGGAGCAGACAAUUUAUAUAAAUGUAAAACUCAGAUAGGUCAUGGCCUUCAGAUUCAUCAGCCCUGUCAUGAAAAACUAGCGAAAUUUUUGUGGCCUCAUACACACACAAAAAGGGUGGCCUGGAGAAUUUUCACUGUAAUUGCAAAUCUGGCUGUGGUCACAUAAGCAUGUGAUAAAGUUACAUAAGCUUUCGUGAAUGAAUCUAUAAGACCACACACCUUACAGUUGUUAAACUGUGAAAAAGAUGCUGUGACACAUUGAGGCCCUAUCUCUUCAUUGUACUCAUUGGUGAUAUAAUAAUGAGCUAAGGAAGCUUUAGUUUAGACAAAUGCAAGUUAUGUUUGAUGAUAGAAAAGUAAAUAUGGUCUUUUGUGAUUUAUGAAAGAGUUAUACAGUUUAAGACCCCAAAGCCUGAAUUAGAUUUCGUGCUUAUGUGUGCAUGCAUGAGUAUUUGUUUAAUACAACAAGAACUAGGAAUUGUGGAAGGUUUGAGAAGGGAUUGCAAAGGGAGAUUUUGCUUUCUAGAGCAUUCUUUCUUAUUGAGAAGAUCUAGCAAUGAUUUAGAACUCAAACCCAAAAAAUAUACAUAGCAUAUAGUUUAUGUAGCUUACUUAGAUAAAGUUCUGGAUUAUGGAGCAGAUUCUCUAUGAAAAUAUUUAAAUCUUUGUACUGGGAAAAGUAGCUACUAUCCAGCACCUUGCCUAGUUCCUGCUGUAUAAAGGGCACUUCAUUAAUAUUCAUUGGCUGACUGAAUAAACAAAUGCUUGACUAGUUUCAUAUUUUCUCCAAAAAGCCACUAGUUUUGUUUUUUGGGGUUUUUUAAUCCCAUUAUCUUUCCAAAAGGAGAUUUGCCAAAGGGCCAGACCGAAAGAAGAGCAUGAGGCCUUUCAUUUCCCCUGGUCUCCAAACACUCAAAGGUCAACCUCCAGUCACUGACUUGUGUUUCACUCACAUCUUUCUGUCUUAAGAGCUCACAUGUUGAUUGGCCUAGUGCUCUACUACUAGCAUUAGAGAGUAACAAUUGAUUAUUUACAGCUUUACUUUUUUUUGUUUUUUAGCUGAGCCAUCCUGCCACCUGUUGGCAGCUCAGCGGCUGCUCAGCUCGGGCCG